AUGCUUGACAAGAUGAAGUUCAGUCUCCUCGCAAUCACUUCUGUAUUCCGACGGUAUAUGGGCUGGCCGACUCUGCAGCUCUCUCUCUCUCCCGACGGGCCGCGUCCUGCACCGCUGCGGGCCGGGCGCGGUGAUAGUCGUUGCGGCUGCCUUUUUGGUACAUCCCUUGCAGCUGGCGCAGCCAAUCUCCUUCGGAUUCCCCUUCGUUUACGGAGGAGGGAACGCUCCCUUGAUGAUGAUGAUGAUGAUGAUGAUGAUGAUGAUGAUGAUGAUGGUGGUGUGGGGAUUCGAUUUGUAAAGAGCUGGCUUGGUGCCGCGGAUGUGAGGUUGUCGCUGUGCAAUAGAAUUUUCGCUUACGGUUCCCCCCUUUCCCCCCGCUUUUUCUCGCUUCGGGUGUUUAGUUUGUUUACAUUUGGAUAUUGUAGGAGAGGGAGUGAAGAAGAAGAAGGAGAAGAAAAAGAAGAAGGUGGGGGCAGGAUGGACCAUGGGAGAGGGAAUGGGAAUGGGAAUGGGAAUGGGAAGGGCAGAGAUGCGAUUGUGCCGUCCGGUUGGCCGUCGACUUCGACGAUCGUGCCGUCGUCUUAUCCGCCGAGUGCGGCGAGCGGCAUCGAUACUGAGAAGGGUAGCGAGAAGGAAGGGGGAGGUGACGGGGAGCCAGACGCCACCACGUUCGCCGACUCGCCUUAUUCUGGUUCGGAGAACGUGGAGGAGGAGACACGCAGCCGCCGCAGUACUCGGCCCGCGUCCUUCCUCUACCCGGCACAGAGCGACGUCGAGAAGCCCGUCUCCCUGUCCAGAGAGAUUGCGUUCGUCGGCGUCCUCUGCACCGCGCAGCUCUUUACGCAAGCCUCGCUCGGCCAGGCCAUCGCCCCUCUGCACAUCAUCGGCGCCUCUUUCGGGGAGACCAGCCCCGGGCAGCUCUCCUGGUUCCCCGCCGCGUACUCGCUCACCGUCGGGACGUUCAUCCUGAUCGCCGGCCGGCUGGGCGACCUCUACGGGCACAAGCGUCUCUUCACCGCCGGCUUCGUCUGGUACGGCGUCUGGUCCCUGCUCGCGGGCUUCACCGUCUACAUCCCCCGCUCCUCCUCCCCAGCGAUCUUCUUCGACGUCUGCCGCGCUAUGCAGGGCAUCGGCCCUGCCUUCCUGCUCCCGAACGCCCUGGCCAUCCUCGGCCGCACAUACGCACCCGGCCGGCGCAAGGAAAUGAUCUUCGCCAUCUUCGGCGCGACCGCUCCGUCCGGAUUCGUGCUCGGCGCCGUGUUCGCGAGCCUGUUUGCCCAGCGAGCCUGGUGGCCGUGGGCGUACUGGACCAUGGGCCUCUGCUGCUUCGGCAUGGCCAUCGCAGGCCUCGUCGCCAUCCCACCGAUGCCCGUCCCCGCGAGCCCAGACGAUGAUGGAGGGAACCGUGGGGGCAGCGGCAGCACGACGACGUCAGCGUUUGCGCGCGUGGACGGCUACGGGUGCAUCACGGGCGUGGCGGCCCUGGUCCUGAUCAACUUCGCCUGGAACCAGGGGCCCGUGGCGGGCUGGACGACGCCCUACACCUACGGGCUCCUCCUCGCCGGCUUCGCCUUCCUCGCGCUCUUCGCGUGCGUGGAGCGCCGGGCCGCACACCCGCUGCUGCCGCGGGCGGCGCUCACGAAGGACACGGCCUUCGUGCUGGCGUGCAUGGCCGCCGGGUGGGCCAGCUUCGGCAUCUGGAUCUUCUACCUGUGGCAGUUCCUGCAGCGGCUGCGCCACGCCUCGCCGCUGCUGGCUUCCGCCAUGGUGGCGCCCACCACGGUGUCCGGCCUGGCGGCGGCGCUCACGACGGGUCGCGUCCUGCACCGCUGCGGGCCGGGGGCGGUGAUGGUCGUGGCGAUGCUGGCCUUUGCACUCGGGACGGUGCUGCUGGCGACCGCGCCCGUGGGCCAGAGCUACUGGGCGCAGACGUUCGUGGCUGUGGUGGUCAUGCCGUGGGGCAUGGACAUGUCCUUCCCUGCGGCGACGAUCCUGCUGAGUGAUCGCAUGCCGCGCGGGCAGCAGGGUGUGGCGGCGAGUCUGGUGAACACGGUUGUCAACUACUCGGUGAGCAUCGGCUUGGGGUUCGCGGGGACGGUGGAGAGCAGGGUUGGCACGGGGGAAGGGGACGAAGCGUUGUUGAGAGGGUAUCGGGGCGCGUGGUACAUGGGUUUGGGGCUGGCUGGCCUGGGGCCCGUCUUUAGUUCCCGCUAA